CAGUUCUAUUUAAGAGCCUGACUGCAUUUUCUUAAUGCAGCCCCGUGAUUAUAUUACAUUUGGAAUUUCAGUUUGCUUGGAAAAUUGCUUCAGGAUGAAAUUUGUUGUUUUAAAAUAGCUGCCAAGAAUUAAUCCUUUCCUCUCUUUUUGGAAAAAUGGUAAGGAAGCUUAGCUGCACAAGUUUUAAACAAUGGUUAUUCCACGCUGGUUGUCAUUUCCGUCAAAAUUAAAAGUUAUUUGAAAUGGCCUUUGUUCCUUCAACUCAAAAAUAAUUAUGUUUUUUAGAAAGAAUUAACUAUAUGGCCUUAAUACAGUUUUUUUAGUCAGGCGCGUCAGGAAUUAUGUUACGAGAGGUUGUUUAACUUUUGUUUUGUAGUGUUUACCUUGCUAAAUAUUAGUUUGUUACUUACAAAAACUUCCGAAGCUGAGAUAUGUAUAUUUGACAUAUGCCAUGCCAAAGUGUCAGCCUUUUUACUACAAAAAAAACCUCUGACAUUUUACUAGAUGAAUGCCUGCAUGGGAGCAAGAAUUAUCUAGUAGGUCCUGACAAAUUAAAUAAACAAUUAGCAAAAGUCAUUUAACUUUCCAGCUGAUAACUCUAAUGAAUUACUGAAUGUUAUACACCUUUGCAAUAAGAUUUGACAGUUUUCUCUAUCCCAGAUGUAUCAGAGAACAAUAAACAUUGUCAAGUGUAAUCUACAGUGCAUCAAGGUUUUAACCCAACACCACUGAAGCCAAUUCAAAAACUCCUGUUAACUUCAGUAUAGAUGGGAUCAGCUCCCUUGCUCGGGUGGCUGACCUGAAAGAAACCAAGAAAAUAAUCAGUUGCACUGAGGGUGGCACACAACCGACACAAAAGAAAUACUCACCAGUUGCCUUUUGACAGACUUUUGUCAGGCUUUUUUAUUUGUCACUAACUCUAGGGCAAUAGGAAACCAGCAUGCUGUCUGGUGCUCAGGCUGCUUGCUGAAUGGAGAGAGGGCUCUAGAUUCUGGGUAUCAUCGUUGUCUUACAGAAACCAGAGGAAUAGCUUGUGUCCAGCUAAUCCUGUGCCUCACCCACAUGAUGUAGCCAUGAAAGUAUGCGAGUCCCUCCCCCAGCGCAGACAGAUUUCCCCUGGCAUAUGAUCUGAGCUCCAUGUCAGCCGGAGCAGGCAGCACUGACUUCCCCACCGGCCGGCCGGCGUGCUGAACUUAGCCAGAGCGAUGACUUUAACGAAAGAGAGUUUCUGUGGGGCUCUUCCACCCCCUUCUGAGGUGGCCAAGGCCAACAUGGACAACAUCAGGGAGGAGGAGGAGGAGGAGGAGGCUACGCUGCAGUCUGCGGUGGGGACUGGAAUAACGGAGCCAAGCAAGCGAGGGACAGGAAGGCUGGUCAUGCACAGCAUGGCGAUGUUUGGCCGGGAGUUCUGCUACGCGGUGGAGGCCGCCUUCGUCACGCCGGUGCUGCUCACUGUAGGGCUGCCCAAGAACCUCUACAGCCUGGUGUGGCUCAUCAGCCCUAUCUUGGGUUUCGUGCUGCAGCCCGUGGUAGGUUCAGCCAGUGAUCACUGCACCUCUAGCUGGGGCAAGAGGCGACCUUACAUUCUGGGUCUGGGCAUCAUAAUGCUGUUAGGCAUGGCUUUGUACCUCAAUGGGGACGUGAUGAUCUCAGCUUUCAUCACUGAAAGAGAGAAGCAGCAGACGUGGGCAAUAGUCACUACCAUGCUUGGAGUAGUGCUUUUUGAUUUUGCAGCUGACUUUAUUGAUGGCCCCAUCAAAGCGUAUUUAUUUGAUGUCUGCUCUCAUCAGGAAAAAGAGAAGGGUCUGCAUUACCACGCCCUCCUUACAGGCAUUGUUUCAGAGAGAAGAAAGCCUCAGAGAAUAUUUGCUAGAGAAGGAGUGGAGACCAGUGUUGCUAUAUGUUCAGCCAUUUCAUGGAGAGCUUUGUCGACCAGAGCUGGGGAGAUUUUUCAGGAUACAUUUGGUCUGGGAGGAGCCCUGGGUUACCUGACAGGUGCUAUGGACUGGAGUCAGACUAUACUGGGACAUUACUUGAUAUCAGAAUUCCAGGUGAUGUUCUUCUUCGCAGCCUUAGUUUUCCUAGUCUGCCUUACUGUGCACUUGUGCAGUAUCCCUGAAGUCCCUCUCAGAUAUGACAGUGAAGAGACCAAGUUCUUGUUGGAAGUGGAUGAACCCUGUCAGUAUAACUCCAUAGAGGAGAUCAAGAAUGGUUACCUAAAAUCAGCAUAUACUGAAAUAAAGGCUGCACCUAAACCAAGGAAAUGCCCUGGUCCAUCACAGACAGAGACUCGGCGGCGGAUGACCCUUAAAUCACUCUUGAAGACACUUUUAAGCAUGCCAUCCCACUAUCGCAAUCUGUGUGUGAGCCACCUCUUUGGAUGGAUGGCUUUCCUGUCCAACAUGCUCUUCUUCACAGAUUUCAUGGGACAGGUUGUAUACCAGGGUAGUCCUUACGCACCUCGUAACUCCACACUUUACCAUGCCUAUGAAAGAGGAGUAGAAGUUGGAUGUUGGGGGCUGUGCAUUAAUGCGAUUUCUUCGUCACUCUAUUCUUACUUGCAGAAAGCCCUUCUGCCAUAUAUAGGAUUAAAGGGACUUUAUUUCAUUGGAUACUUACUUUUUGGGUUAGGUACUGGAUUAACUGGCUUGUUUCCCAACGUCUAUUCCACUCUGGCUCUAUGCUCCCUCUUUGGUGUCAUGUCCAGCACACUGUACACAGUGCCAUUCCACCUCAUUGCAGAGUAUCACAGGGAGGAAGAGAACCUGAAGCUGCAGGAUGGAGACCAAGCCAGAGAGCACGAGCGAGGGAAGGGUAUUGACUGCGCUGCUCUCACCUGCAUGGUCCAGCUCGCCCAGAUAAUCCUCGGCGUGGGCCUUGGGCUCUUGGUUUGGUUGCUGCUACCUCUAAUCCUGCUACGUGAUGCCAAUGGAGAUGCUGCUAUCUGGGUGUCGGAGCCCACUGAGGACACAUGUAGCAUCCUGACCCUGCUGGCAUCUGGCCCCCAAGCCUUCAGCACUAGUGGCAGCCGUGCAAAGUGGAUCAUGGCUAAAGCUGAGAUACAGACCUGUGGUGCAGCUGCCUCUUAUUUGUUCUGUGCAGGAAUUUUUGUUGCUUUGGUUCCCAACAGAGAAGGUGCAUUUGGAGGCAAGAGCAGCAGUAGUGAGGAGAGGAGGCAGCAUCAACUUCUUGAGCACCUCUGUUUUCAGGUCCCUCUGUCCAUUAGUGCUGAGUGGGAAAGGGAAAAAUAGCAAGAGCAUGGGGUUUGUGUAGUGACAUGAGAGAAAGGAGAAGAUUGUGCCAGUGACGCCUUUUUUUUAAAGGCUGGGAGCACCAGCCUGGAGUUGCAUGACUGGCAGAUUGCCAUAUAAGUGCAAACAUAUCACAGAUGGUUUGCUUUUAUUUCAGUGUUCAGAUCUGAAACUUUUAAUUACAGGAAGUAUCGCCUUGCAAUAUGAUUUGCAAGUUAUCAGACUCCAGAGAUUUUAGGCGCUGAAAAUGUACUUGUUUCUUUGAUAACUGCUGAGAUUCUAAUGUAACACUUGAUUCCAAUAUCUAGACCUUUAAGAAGUAUAUCUCAAAUACUGUUAGACUGACAUAACAUUGCAAAAAUUUGCAAUAAAACAGUUGUUAAAACUAUACUUAUCUCUGAAGGAGACAGCACCUUAUCAAAGAGUUCCUAUUUUGAAUCAUGUGUUUAUGAAUUCCUUUUGUAAUAUUUGACUUGGAAUGACUUUAUAUCAAGUGUGCUCAAAAUGCAAGAUUUUAUUCUCUGUCCCUGAAAAUAAAAUCCCAAAUCUGAAAUUCAAACUA